CAGCGGGUCGGGCCGCGCGGCUCGGGUAAUUUGCGGGCCCCUCAGCCAAUGGGAGGGCGUCGCCCGGGCCAGCUCCCUUUUUCUGGAGCUCCAGCCGCCUCCCGGGCACUCCAGUCAGCACCUCCAGCCCUGCUGGGCGUCUCCAGCCAGCAAUUUCGCCUGCGCGCGGGACCCACUCCUCUUCCAGCCGCCGCGGCCCACUGAGCGGGUGAACCCCGGCGCCGCGCCCCGGACCCGCAGCGUCCUGCACUCCUGCUUCCCAGCCGCCGUUAACACCCGCACCCCACAGUCUCACCCCCGUCCGCGCCUUGGCUGCCCCACUGAAUCCCCACGCGGGGACCAGCGGUACCGGGAGGCCGGGCUAGCCUAUGGGAGUUCCCAGAUAAUGCGGGUUGGGGGCGCCCACGCCCCCAUCCCAGCCAGCAUGACUCGGUCGCCGGCCCUCAGAGAGCUGCCUCCGAGUUACACACCCCCAGCUCGAGCCGCAGCACCUCAGAUCCUAGCUGGGAGCCUGAGGGCUCCACUCUGGCUUCGUGCUUACUUCCAGGGCCUGCUCUUCUCUCUGGGCUUCGGGAUCCAGAGACACUGUGGCAAAGUGCUCUUUCUGGGACUGUUGGCCUUUGGGGCCCUGGCAUUAGGUCUUCGCGUGGCUAUUAUUGAGACCAACCUGGAACAGCUCUGGGUAGAAGUGGGCAGCCGGGUGAGCCAGGAGCUGCAUUACACCAAGGAGAAGCUGGGGGAGGAGGCUGCAUACACCUCUCAGAUGCUGAUACAGACCUCACGCCAGGAGGGAGAGAACAUCCUCACGCCUGAAGCACUUGGCCUCCACCUCCAGGCAGCCCUCACUGCCAGUAAAGUCCAAGUAUCACUCUAUGGGAAGUCCUGGGAUUUGAACAAAAUCUGCUACAAGUCAGGUGUUCCCCUUAUUGAAAAUGGAAUGAUUGAGCGGAUGAUUGAGAAGCUGUUUCCCUGCGUGAUCCUCACACCCCUCGACUGCUUCUGGGAGGGAGCCAAACUCCAAGGGGGCUCCGCCUACCUGCCUGGCCGCCCAGAUAUCCAGUGGACCAACCUGGAUCCAGAGCAGCUGCUGGAGGAGCUGGGUCCCUUUGCCUCCCUUGAGGGCUUCCGGGAGCUGCUAGACAAGGCACAGGUGGGCCAGGCCUACGUGGGGCGGCCCUGUCUGCACCCUGACGACCUCCACUGCCCACCUAGUGCCCCCAACCAUCACAGCAGGCAGGUUCCCAAUGUGGCUGAUGAGCUGAGUGGGGGCUGCCAUGGCUUCUCCCACAAAUUCAUGCACUGGCAGGAGGAAUUGCUGCUUGGAGGCACGGCCAGAAAUCCCCAAGGACAGCUGCUGAGGGCAGAGGCUCUGCAGACCACCUUCUUGCUGAUGAGUCCCCGCCAGCUGUACGAGCAUUUCCGGGGUGACUAUCAGACACAUGACAUAGGCUGGAGUGAGGAGCAGGCUGGCACAGUGCUACAAGCCUGGCAGCGGCGCUUUGUGCAGCUGGCCCAGGAGGCCCUGCCUGAGAAUGCUUCCCAGCAGAUCCACGCCUUCUCCUCCACCACCUUGGAUGACAUCCUGCAUGCAUUCUCUGAAGUCAGUGCUGCCCGUUUGGUGGGAGGCUACCUGCUCAUGCUGGCCUAUGCCUGUGUGACCAUGCUGCGGUGGGACUGUGCCCAGUCCCAGGGUGCCGUGGGCCUCGCUGGGGUGCUGCUGGUGGCCCUGGCGGUGGCCUCAGGCCUUGGGCUCUGUGCCCUGCUCGGCAUCACCUUCAAUGCUGCCACUACCCAGGUGCUGCCCUUCCUGGCUCUGGGAAUUGGCGUGGAUCACAUAUUCCUGCUGGCACACGCCUUCACAGAGGCUCUGCCUGGCACCCGUCUCCAGGACCGCAUGGGCGAGUGUCUGCAGCGCACGGGCACCAGUGUGGCCCUCGCAUCCAUCAACAACAUGGCCGCCUUCCUCAUGGCUGCCCUCGUUCCCAUCCCUGCACUGCGAGCCUUCUCCCUGCAGGCGGCCAUAGUGGUUGGCUGCACCUUUGUAGCCGUGAUGCUUGUCUUCCCAGCCAUCCUCAGCCUGGACCUACGGCGGCGCCACUGCCAGCGCCUGGAUGUGCUCUGCUGCUUCUCCAGUCCCUGCUCUGCUCGGGUGAUUCAGAUCCUCCCCCAGGAGCUGGGGGACAGGACAGUACCAGUCGGCAUUGCCCACCUGACGGCCACAGUUCAAGCCUUUACCCACUGUGAAGCCAGCAGCCAGCAUGUGGUCACCAUCCUGCCUUCCCAAGCCCACCUGGUGCCUCCACCUUCUGACCCACUGGGCUCUGAGCUCUUCAGCCCUGGAGGGUCCACACGGGACCUUCUAGGCCAGGAGGAGCAGCCAAGGCAGAAGGCAGCCUGCAGGUCCCUGCCCUGUGCCCGCUGGAAUCUUACCCAUUUUGCCCGCUUUCAGUUUGCCCCCUUGCUGCUCCAGUCACAGGCCAAGGCCAUCGUGCUGGUGCUUUUUGGCACUCUUCUGGGCCUGAGCCUCUAUGGAGCCACACUCGUGCAAGACGGGCUGGCCCUGACGGAUGUGGUGCCUCGGGGCACCAAGGAGCAUGACUUCCUGAGCGCCCAGCUCAGCGCUUCAGUUCCCUCAAGGCCGUGCUGCCCCCACCGGCCACCCAGGCACCCCGCACCUGGCUGCACUAUUACCGCAACUGGCUACAGGGAAUCCAGGCUGCGUUUGACCAGGACUGGGCUUCUGGGCGCAUCACUCGCCACUCGUACCGCAAUGGCUCUGAGGAUGGGGCCCUGGCCUACAAGCUGCUCAUCCAGACUGGAGACUCCCAGGGGCCUCUGGAUUUUGGCCAGGUUGGGAAAGGGCUGGAAGGGUUGGGGAGCACAGUGGCUGCAGGCUUCUGGGCCCAGGCCUUCAGCCCUCUCUGCUCUGCAGCUGACCACAAGGAAGCUGGUGGACAGAGAGGGACUGAUUCCACCCGAGCUCUUCUACGUGGGGCUGACCGUGUGGGUGAGCAGUGACCCCCUGGGUCUGGCAGCCUCACAGGCCAACUUCUACCCCCCACCUCCUGAAUGGCUGCACGACAAAUACGACACCACGGGGGAGAACCUUCGCAUCCCGCCAGCUCAGCCCUUGGAGUUUGCCCAGUUCCCCUUCCUGCUGCGGGGCCUCCAGAAGACUGCAGACUUUAUGGAGGCCAUCGAGGGGGCCCGGGCAGCAUGUGCAGAGGCGGGCCAGGCUGGGGUGCACGCCUACCCCAGCGGCUCCCCCUUCCUCUUCUGGGAGCAGUAUCUGGGACUGCGGCGCUGCUUCCUGCUGGCCGUCUGCAUCCUGCUGGUGUGCACUUUCCUCAUCUGUGCCCUUCUGCUCCUCAACCCCUGGACGGCUGCCCUCAUAGUGCUGGUCCUGGCGAUGAUGACCGUGGAGCUGUUUGGUAUCAUGGGUUUCCUGGGCAUCAAGCUGAGUGCCAUCCCUGUGGUGAUCCUCGUGGCCUCUGUAGGCAUUGGCAUCGAGUUCACAGUACAUGUGGCUCUGGGCUUCCUGACUACCCAGGGUAGCCGGAACCUACGGGCUGCCCAUGCCCUGGAGCACACAUUUGCCCCUGUGACCGAUGGGGCCAUCUCUACAUUGCUGGGUCUGCUCAUGCUUGCUGGUUCCAACUUUGACUUCAUUGUAAGGUAUUUCUUCGUGGUGCUGACAGUGCUUACACUCCUCGGCCUCCUCCACGGACUCGUGCUGCUGCCUGUGCUGCUGUCUAUCCUGGGCCCGCCACCAGAGGUGAUACAGAUGUACAAGGAAAGCCCUGAGGUCCUGAGUCCAUCAGCUCCAGAGGGAGGCGGGCUUAGGUGGGGGGCAUCCCCCUCCCUGCCCCAGAGCUUUGCCAGAGUGACUACCUCCAUGACUGUGGCCAUCCACCCACCCCCGCUGCCUGGUGCCUACAUCCACCCAGCCUCCGAUGAGCCCCCUUGGUCCCCUGCUGCCACCAGCUCUGGCAACCUCACUUCCAGGGGACCAGGUCCAGCCACUGGGUGAAAAAAUAGCUGAAGCACAGAGACCCUGUGUGGGCUGCGUGAGGUCACUGGGAAGCACUGGGUCAGGUAUUAGAUGCAGGAUGGACCCCUGGAGGGCCCUGCUGCUGCUGGUCCCCCUCUCCUGACUCAGCCGUCACGGACCUCUCUGAUAGCCAUACAGAACAGCCACCUUCUUGCACACCCAGGCCUGUGUGGGCCUGUGUCUGUGUCACGUGAGAGUAAAAGCCAGCACUUCAGGCUGCAGUGCAGCCCUGUCCCCCUUCCCACCCCACACCACUGCCUGCCCAGCAGACCAAGCCCGAGGGGCCCUCCAGCACCCUUCCUCAGCCCCAGCCUCACCGCCUGGCGAGUCCUGGGCAGGCUCUCCGUAUCCCUGCUCACCUCCUACCACAUCCAUUAUUUAUAUGAAGAUGUCUAUUUUUGUAGUAUACAUAGAUGUUAGCUAUGCUGAAAGUUUUAUUUUUUAAAGAAUGAAAUAUAUUCUAUGUGAACUCA